UUUCUAACUCGUUGAACAUCUUACCCAUGGCGCAAACUAUGAGUCAGCGUAUGAAACGAAGGAGGCUGAAUGAUACAGCUUUAAAAGAAGAAAAGGAGACCUGGAAUGGUUUCUGCGAGUUGGAAUCCGAACCAGCUCUUUUCAAUGUAAUGCUCCGCAAUUUUGGUGUCAGGGGUGUCAAAGUUCAGGAAGUUGUCUCGUUAGAUGAUGAGCUUCUGGCCUGCCUAAAUAAACCUGUUUACGGCUUUAUAUUCCUGUUCCGCUGGCGAGAGGAUGAUCCGAAUAAGCAGGAGGCUAGUUGCCCUGAAGGACUUUGGUUUGCGAAUCAGACCGCGAACAAUGCAUGUGCAAGCGUUGCUCUCUUGAACAUCGUCAACAAUAUCGAGGGUAUUGAUCUUGGGGAGAAUCUUCGAAGCUUCAAGAACUUUACGAUGCCGUUUACACCCGCAUUAAGGGGAGAUGCAAUCAACAAUUUCCAAUUUGUGAAAGAGGUACAUAACUCUUUUGCUAGGAGAAUGGAUAUACUGAAUUCUGAUUUACAACUCAAAUACGAAGCCGGAUUUAGGCGUAAUAGGUCAACUAAACGCGGCCGUGAAGAGCAUGAGGCUGAUGCAGGGUUUCAUUUCAUUGCCUUUGUUCCCGUAUUAGGAAAGGUGUGGAAGUUUGAUGGUUUGGAACGCCAACCUCAGGUUCUCGGAAUGUUUGACCCAGACAGUGACUGGUUAGACUUAGUAAAGCCGAACAUACGCGCCAGGAUGGAAGGGUAUGAAGAGGAUCAGAUCGAAUUCUCAAUUCUAAGCCUUGCUCGUGAUCCUCUUCCUGGCCUUGUCAAUGAACUGGCUGUAAAUAUCAAACAGUUGCAAAGGAUUGAAAGGGCUAUAGCAUCACACGAACGGGAAAACACCGGCGCCAGACCCGCGGUCAUGGCUGAAAAUACGCUUUUAGAGCCAGACGUGUCCUACGAAGUGACUGAGAAAUCUCUUAAUGAAGCAGCCGUGCCUGCAGGGAAAGAGUAUUCAGAAUAUUCAACGGACGAACUAGAGCAACACUGCAGAGAUCUGAGCAGAUUGCAGCUGGGGCUUCGGGCUACCAUACGAGAGGAGCAGCAAUUGCAACGGGCAGAUGAUGAUUAUGCUGCGGGGAGGAGAUAUGAUUAUGAGCCAGCAAUAAGAUCAUGGCUACGCUUCUUGGCGCGCAAGCGAUUCAUCGAAGACCUAAUUCCAAGAUUGAAGGAGUAGUAGGAACUAUAUUGAUACUAGCGGCGACCAGCAUAGAAGAUCGGAAUGAAUGGGCCUAUACAUUCGGCAAAACAGCGUACUGGGUAGUAAAGACUAUCAUACAAAGCUUGCUUUGACCAGGGAAGAGGGCCGGGGAGACCUCGUGAUGCGCCGAUUGGACGAGGGCUUCUGCACCCUCCAACGGGAGUGGUUGGAGAGGAUCAAUGGAAUCGAAAAGUAGUAGCCUGUGCACUUUCCCCUCCUCUUGUCUUUCCUGCCCCUCCUAAAGUCUCAUAUCUUCAUUAAUAAUGAUCGCCUCACGUCUCCUGUGAUCAGGCCCGGUGGCGUUCAAGAUUACCUACAGCGAAGAACCGGAGGGUUGACCGACUCAAGACGUCACCGCCUGCUCUCCAAACCGACCGCUUUGUCCCAACAUCCCUCUCCACGUUGGGCUUGCUCUUUUUUAUUUCC